AUGCUGUUUAAGUCCCUGUAUAGCUACGCUUAUUUUGUUAGAAAAGGCAAUUUCCAGCUCUCAAAAUGUUUUUGUGGGGUUCAAGGGAAACCUAGUUCAGCACCUCCUGUGGUGCUUGGACAAGUUCUGUUAGGGACUCAUAUGAACUGUCCUUAUGGCAUACUUGUCGACUUGUUGGACCGGUUGAUUAUUAUCCGAACACAGACUUACGAUGUUGCUGACAUGAUAAAGAUUUUGGCUCUCCGUGCAAAUGUGGAGGACCUAGUAAUAGAUGACGAAAGUUUGGCUUACCUGGGUGACAUGGGUCUACAAGCAUCCUUAAGGCAUGCAGUUCAGCUGUUAUCGCCCUCCAGUAUUAUGGCAAAAAUGAAUGGCCGUGACAAUAUCUGCAAGGCAGAUAUUGAGGAAGUGAAAGCUCUCUAUAUGGAUGCAAAGUCUUCAGCAAGACUUCUUCAAGCGCAGCAGGAAAAAUACAUUUCAUGAAAAUUCUAAACAAUUUUCCCUGAAUGUCAAAGGUAGUCUGGAUUUGGAAGUAGCAUUAUUUAGGUUCGGUUAGCUUCUCUGUCGUGGGUUUUGAAAGAGCAGGAGGUUUUGGUCAAAGACUUUGGCUUCGUUGGUAAUUAAUGUGUGUAAAGGCGAAAUGUUUCAGAAGUGUUCCAAGCUACGGGAAAUUUGUAUUUGUCACAUGAGUAGUGUCAUGGUUAUGCUGUCAGCAGCAAUGCAAGUGGUGAAACUCUAGUUCUUGCACCAUUCUGUUAAUGAAUGCAUCGGUGUAUGGAACUAAGCUUUCAAAUACACUUCAUAUUUACCCUGGAAAAUUACUAACCCAGUUAUGUGAUGAUCACUAAUUCUUUACUUUAUUUACCAAUUUUUAUGCGAA